CGCGUCUGGACGUACCCGCGAGCGGUUCCCCUUUGGGGCACCGCACAGCCCCAACACCGCCAGCCGUCCCGGCGCGAAGGCGGCCGCCGAGUAUUACCCAGAGCCUCAGGAUCCGAGGUGACCGCCGUGAAGAUCGCCAACAAGAAGUAGCUCCCACCGCAGCCCCGCUACUCCAGAUCCCCUCCCCCACCUCGCCGAGCCCACCGGCCUUCUAGUCCCGCGUCGCUCGCCUUCCGCGCCUGCGCAGAACCUCGCCGCCGCGCGCGCCUAAAACCACGCCCCUCGCGCUGGACCACGCCCUCUGAGGCCCCGCCCUGUCGGCCGGAUCCCACCCUCUGCCUGCAGGACCCCGAACCCAAAUGAUCCUGCAGCAGCCCCUGGAACGAGGCCCCCCAGGUCGGGCCCAGCGCGACCCACGGGCCGCGUUAGGGACGCCCCGAGCCCAGGACGUGAGCUCCCCUCUCCGAGGAGCUGUGCCCAUGAGCACCAAGCGGCGCCUGGAGGAGGAGCAGGAGCCCUUGCGAAAACAGUUCCUUUCUGAAGAGAACAUGGCCACCCACUUCUCUCGACUCAGCCUGCACAAUGACCACCCUUACUGCAGCACCCCCAUGGCUUUCCCCCCAUCUCUGCCCCCACUCAGGAGCCCUUGCUCUGAGCUGCUUCUCUGGCGCUACCCUGGGAACCUGAUCCCUGAGGCCCUCCGGCUGCUGAGGCUAGGGGACACCCCCACCCCCCACUACCCUGCCACCCAAGCUGGAGAGAUAAUGGAGCUCUGAGUGCUGGUGGGCAGUAUUUCUGCCCACCUUCCUUCUUCCCCACAACAGAGAAGAUCAGCAUCCCUACUGAGGGACCAGCUGUCCUAAAUAUUCUCCAGACUAGGCCUCUGGGCUCCAGGACCUACCCUCUACAGAGGAGGACACUGAAUCCCACAGAGCCCUGGGGAGGGAGGGGCAGGAGGGACAGGAGCAUGGGAAGGGAGGCAUUCCCCCCAGAACUGAAUAAAGAUUGCUGAGCAAAUGAAGGCUUCAGUCUGGAACCCUGGGGCCUUUGGGAAGGAAGGUGGGAAGGCUGGGGCGCUGGAUGCUUGCGGUUUCUCAGAAUCUUCCCUGGAAAAAACGGUCAGGGGCCCGGCCAGGUCCUGGCAGGCUGGGCUCAGGCAUUGAGAAUGUGUGAGUCAGAGCCUCACCCCCACCCCCGCGGCUGACUCACUCCUCCCUCCAGCUCUGGGAAGUUGGGCUGGGGAUCAUGCCACUCUCCGAACCAUUUAAAGUUAAAGAUUCUUUUAUUAAUAAAUUCUCCCGCCCUUCCAAACUC